UCCCAGCUGUCAGUGGGCGGCAAGUGGCCAUCGAGGAAAGUUGUGUAUUGGCGUUUGAAUGUGUUGCGAAAGGGGAUGCUCCGGUGACUGUAUCCUAGGAUAAUCGGAGGGUUGGUCGCGACACUUCUGGAGUUUUGCGGUCUCGGUGGGCGAGCGAGGCCGGUUCGUCUUGUGUUGACUUCCCGGAGGCCCAGUGAUGCCGAAAUAUUAUGAGGAGAAGGAGGAGGACGGCAGAGCAUGUGCCGGAGUGAGGGAGGAUCUGAGGAGCUGCUUACUGCAACAUGACUGUGUGCGGAAGGAAGGAAAGACCCCAAAACAGUGUUUAAAAGAAGGACAUUGCACAGCUUUACAACGUACUUUCUUUGAAUGUAAAAGAUCAAUGCUAGAUAACAGAACUCGGUUCAGAGGAAGAAAAGGAUAUUAACAAUUCAAGUGGAAUAGAAGAUACUGCUAAAUUUUGAUGGCUUCGGAUCAAUGUUUUGAAUAUUGAAUAAAAUAGUUCUCUUGUUUGAUUUAGAAAAUCACUUCUCAAUUUUUUUGUAUGAGAAAUUAGUAAAGGAAUCAUUUUUAAAUUCAAGUUAAUUUUGUUUAUACAAUACAACUGUUUGGAUCACAUGACUUCUGAUACGGCUUUAAGAUUAUAUUGACGCAAGUGAGGGAGAAAAAUGAUGCAAGUUUCUUUACCAUGAAUUUCAGCAGCUAUUAAUUUCCUAUAUUAAAUAUCAAGCUGCUUAUAUUACAGGGAGCGGUGUAAUCACUGAAAAGCUUUAAAAAAAUUGAAUUUGACAGUUUGAGGUAGUUUCUUGUCUUGUGUGCAGAACAGAGUUAAUGGAAUAAAACAGAACUUCUGAAGAGUCACUGGACUCAACAUUAACUCUGCUUUCCCUGUACAAAACUAAUAGAUUUUGCUGAUAUUCUAAUGACACAGAAGAAUUCUAGGUGGAUUUGGGGAAUGAAUAUUGCAAAUACUAUAUACCAUUUUGUAAUAAAAUACUGCUUGAUUAUAAUUAGUUUUGAGAAGGGGCAAUUAGGUCUUAAUUAUUUUACUUUUUGUAUAUGGAUGUGAACUGCAGUGUAACAUUUAAUUGAAAGAUAAGUACUGUUGAAUGCUGUGAUAUAUACUUUCUAUGUACAGAAAGAAACUGCAUAUAUUUCUUUCAGACAUCUUGGUAUGUGUCAAAGUUAAGUACGUUUAGAAAUUGUCUCUUGUUAUAUGUGAAAAUAAAUCUGUUAUGUGGCACACAGCAAGGCUGAACAAAAAGCAUGUGAACUAAUUGGUAGUUCACUUUUUAAUUUGGUUGCCUUAUUGACCAGGACACACUUUCAUGAUAAUGAUAUGGGAUUGUUUCUGAACAUUUGAAUAGACAAUAUCUUGAUUGAACUUCUAGAAAUGUAUUCAUAAUUUAAUAAAUGGAGCUUAAACACACUUCUAACUUACCAAUAUCAAACUGAUACCUUACAUCCAGCAAUUUCCUGUUGACAUCACUAACUAGCCACAGGUAGAUCUACAGCAAUAAUGUUAUUCCAGACGCGGAGUGCCUGGAACAUAAUGCCAGAGGAGGCAGUUACAGUGUCACCAUUCAAGAAGCACCCGGGCAAAUAGAGAAAUAUGGAUCCUGUAAGGAAAGACAGUUUUAGUAUGAAAGGGCAAAAUAUGUCAGCCUAAGCUUGGAGGGCUGAAGGACCUGUUUUUGUGCUGUGUUGUUCUUUAUAACCAAGUAGUCUAAUUUUA